AUGCACACCAUGCGUUGCAUCGUCGCUGUUGCAAUCUCCCUGUGCGUAAAUACCAUUGCAUCAAAAGAUCGCUCUCUCGAGGGCAACGACUGGACUCUCUCCAAUGCUCUACUCAACAUUUCCGUACCGGCCGAGCUUCCUAGCUCUGCUCACCUUGAUCUCUUGGCCAGCCAAGUGAUUGGCGAUCCAUUAUAUGGCGCGAACAACUACAAUCUUCGAUGGAUAUACUGGUUCGAUGUGUCCGAGAUUCUGAGCUCAUGCAACGAGACAGACCGCGUGCUUGACAUCAACUUUGGGUCUGCUCCGACUAUCGCAGAUGAGAUUGCCAACCAACCCGGACAGGAAACCUGGCCAGAAGGCGUGCAGCAGCUCUACCAGUUCCCAAACCGAUGGUUCAUUCGCAAGGAACAGAGCGAUUUUGGAUGGGAUUGGGGUCCAGCUUUCUCGCCUACUGGACCAUGGCAACCGGCUUGGGUCAUUCAACUGGUGGACGAGGAAGUCAAAGUGAGGAAUACGUUGAUUGACAUUUAUCGGCAAGGCCAGCUCAACAACAUACCGCCCGAUCAGAGUCAGUCUUGGGUAGUCAAUGCCAGUCUGGACUACUUUGGUCAGAUGCCUGAAGGUGCCACAAUGACUUAUCGUCUGAUGAGCCUCGAUAACCAGACGACGAUUGCCAGCGGAGCUUUGAACAAUGUGGUCAUCACGGACUCCACUGCGACUGGAGAUACGAUCGUUCCAAGUAGCGUCGUGGAUCUCUGGUGGCCAAUUGAAAUGGGUGAUCAGGUAUUGUAUUACCUCACGAUCAAUCUCGUCUCCGCCAGAAACUCCACACUGGCAACCGUCACCAAGCGAGUAGGCUUCCGCACCAUCGUUUUGAACAGCAAUCCCAUCUCGAACGAGCAGUUGGCUCAAGGAAUCGCACCUGGAAACAAUUGGCACUUCGAGAUCAACGGUCGAGAGUUCUAUGCGAAAGGCUCGAACUUCAUCCCACCCGACGCCUUCUGGACGAGAGUGACACCAGAGAGGAUCAGCAAUCUCUUCGACACGGCCAUCGCUGGUAAUCAAAACAUGCUCCGAGUGUGGUCCAGCGGAGCAUACUCGCCAGACUUCAUGUUCGACCUCGCUGAUGAGAAGGGCCUUCUCCUGUGGUCCGAAAUGGAGUUCGCCUGCGCGCUUUAUCCUGUUGCCCCAGAGUUCCUCGACAACGCCCGCCAGGAAGCUGAGUACCAAGUGAGGAGAGUCAACCACCAUCCAUCACUGACAUUCUGGGCUGGCGGCAAUGAAUUGGAGAACUUGGAAUUGUACCUUGUGAACCAAUCGGCCCCGGAGCAGUAUGAUCGCUAUUUGGCGGAGUACGAGAAGCUGUUCUUGGAAACCCUGCUCCCGGUGGUGUAUGGAAACACCAGAAGCAUCAGCUAUCAGCCAAGUUCGACGAGCAAUGGCUGGUUGACCUUGAACCACAGCGCUCCCAUGCCGAUGGUGCAACGAUAUAACAACAAGACGGAAGGAUCGAUAUACGGAGAGAGGGACUACUAUAACUACGAUCCGGCGUCUCUUGGAAACGCAUCUACGUAUCCCGUCGGACGCUUCAGCAACGAGUUCGGCUACCACUCCAUGCCCUCGAUUCAGUCUUGGAGACAGCAAGUCGCCGAGCGAGAUUUGCAGUUCAAUUCGACCGUCAUCCUGCAACGCAAUCAGCACAAUCCACCAGGGAACCUCAGCACAAUGAAUCUCGGCAACUCCUUGGCCGGCCAAGGCCAAAUGACCCAAGCCGUGGAGAUGUGGUAUCCGAUCCCUAGCAAGCAAAACGCCGCUGCGAAUUUCUCUGCCUGGUGUCAUGCCACGCAAAUCUUCCAGGCCGAGUUUUACACUUCCCAAAUCGAGUUCUAUCGCCGCGGCUCAGGCCUGCCAGAACGCCAAUUGGGCUCGCUGUACUGGCAGCUCGAGGAUCUUUGGGUGGCACCGACCUGGUCCAGCGUCGAAUACGACGGGAGGUGGAAGGUCCUACAUUAUGCGGCAAAGGACCGAUAUGAGCAUGUCAUCAUUGCUCCAUACUUCAACCGUACGACGGGCAACUUGAGCGUAUGGGCUACUUCCGACUUAUGGGAUUCUGUCCAGGGCAAGGCGACGCUCACUUGGUACGAUUGGAGUGGAACCAAGCUCGACGUCGGCUCGAAUACUUCUUCCGUUGAUGUGACGAUCGGUGCCAUCAACACCACAAAAAUCAUGGACACGAACACGACCGAGCUUCUGUACGGCUUGGACGUGAACAACGCCAUCCUGCGAAUGGAGGUCGAGGUCGAAGGGAAGUUGCCCAACAGCAACGCUUCGCGGACUUUCAAGCACGAGAAUUGGUUUCACCCAGCCCCGUUGAAGGACGCCAGACUCGUGGAUCCUGGACUGGUAUACAGCUUCAGCUUUUCGGAUGGCGGGAAGAUCAUGGUCACAGCGACUAAGGGUGUUGCCGCAUGGGUAUGGAUCGACUAUCCGGCCGAUGUGGUGAUGCACUUCGACAAGAAUGCGUUUUGGUUGCUUCCGAAUGAGACUGUGGAGAUUGGCUUUACCGUGGUCAGUGAUGAGACGAAUGGGAAGUGGCCGGCGGAUGUGACGGUGCAGAGUCUGUGGAACCAGACGUUGUCGGAGUGAGGUCGGAGUGCGUAGUGAUGGUUAAGCUGAUGGACCGAACGAUGGACCCAGACGCCCCUUGUGACCAGUACUCGUCCCGACAAUCGAAUCGAUGAAUCUGAUCACAUCAAUACAAUGCAAAGCAGCGGAGUGAUGCCUUUGCAGCACUUCCAAGCGUA